UGGUCGAUAAUUGGGAUGGACGCACAGACAAGUUGGAAAAAUCGAAGCCCAACCCUUACUUAAAGUCGCUUUUUAAAUUGAAGCUUAGCUUCAGUUCAAGAUUACCUAAACCAGAGUACUACGGUGAAAGAUGCUCAGCUAUAUUGGGAGAAGCAGAAUCGUAUUUCAAAUUGGGGUAUGGUGAGGUGAAAAUUGACGACUUGUAUAAUCCAGACCCCAAUAUUGAUUACGAAAGCGUACUUUCAAUGCAUGAAGAUGCAUUGGUACUUGUAUGCGUUGCGACGGUAUUAAAGAGACAAAAAGAUAUCGAAGAGGAGAGAAAUCAUAGGAGCAGGUCCAGAUUGAAUAAUUCAAAUUCUGCGUCUUUUGCUUUCACGCCAACCUGA